UUAGUGUUGACCGUAGUCUGCAGAACUGAUCUAGUGUACAUGCAGCAGGCUGGGGGAAUUUCUACGCCAGAUUUAUAUUUUAAAAAAGUGCUCUCUAUUAAAAUUUUAUAGUCGCAGUUACAUAUUUCUUUGUUCGGCCUUUCUGCUCCUAGAAAUCACUGGAGAGAGAUAGUUAAUUUCAAUCAAGAUCAUAUUCAUCACACUGGAACAUUGUGUCCAUUAAACAACGCAAUAAAUUAAUGUGAUCCAAAUCAAUCCUUUAAAAUGCUCAACAAAUCAUCACAAGUCAACAAUUUAGUGGUGCUAAUUUUCCUGGUCUCAGUCAUAACAAGUAUUAUCAGUCCAUGUUACGGACAAUGGGGAACCCCUUCAGAACAAGCGUUAAACAAGAACAACCAGACUGGAGAUGAUGACGGUGGAAAUGCAAAUGCUAAGAAGCACAAGGGGCCAGAAGGACCCAUGACUCCACUCCCGUACGCCCUCUCCUCAACCUACCUCACUUAUCUGGCAAGGACGGAAAUGGAACUUUACAAGGAUAUCAAAAACUAUGCAAAAACACUCAAGGAAAGAUUAGCCAUGGCAGAAGCUUAUCUGACCGACUAUGAAGACAGUACAAUCAAAGGGACCGAACACUUAGCAGAUGCGGACGAGUGGACAAAAGCGUCUCAGGUUUCUUCCAAUCCACUCAUGUCGUACAGAAUGGUGAGGCGAUUCGCCAACGAAUUUGACGUCUUUGGAGCUCACGUUAACCAAUAUUUGGAAGGAAAACUUGUUGAACGGGUAAACAAAUUAGGAGGACAAUUCGGAUUUCCAGGGGACAGAGAUUGCAAUGAUGGAAUAGAUGCAUUGCUAAGACUGCAUUAUGUAUACGAUUUGAAAGCCAUGGAUCUGGUCAAUGGAAAAAUAAUGGACGUCGAAACUCACGUGGGGCUGACGCCAUCACAAAGUUUUAAAAUUGCAGAAUACUCUGCCCGAAACGAGUACUACACUCUGGCGUUAGAUUGGCUGAAGGCCACAGAAUAUAAAAUCAAGGAACUCAACGACACAACCGUUUCUGCGUUUAGCCUUGCGAAUACUUACAAAAGGCUGAUUGAGAAGCACGACAGGGAUUUUGAAAAGAAUCGCUAUCAAGGUCACCUCUACAUGUUUUCCGACAGAAUCUCAACCGUUCCAGACGCAGUUCCCCUGAAAAAUAUUAUGAUGGAGAAAUACCGAGGUGACCGAAGUGAUCAAGGGGAAGCUGGACAUUAUGCAUUUUUGGCCUUGUGCAAUGGUGACGACUUUUUGACUCCAAAAGAAAGAUCUAAACUGUAUUGUUGGAUUGAGACUAAGCGUCAUCCCUACUUUACAAUUCGACCUCUUCGGAUGGAACUAAUUUACAAGGAUCCAGAAAUGAUUCAGUUUCAUGAUAUCAUUCCUGAUGCAUGGAUCAAAGAUUUUAGAAAAGCAGCGAUGCCCACAUUGCAACGGGCACCGGCCCCUAAUUCUCCGGGAGCUACUCCCCGAACUGCGAUUUAUGCUUGGUUGGAAGAUGGUCACAUUCCGGACGCUCCAAUCGCUAGAAGAAUGGAACUCAUGUUUAAUCUCAAUGUUAGGGGUAUGAACGCCUCUGAAGCCCUACAAAUUGCGUCGUAUGCGUUCGGGGGACAUGUAAGCACCCACUAUGACUCGCUCGGCGUAAGAAGUACCGAUGAUCCAAUUAUUGCUUGGAAGGGUGACCGUGUCUCAACGUAUCUAGUAUAUCUUAACAAUGUCGAAAAGGGAGGUCUAACAGCUUUCCCCAUCGUUGGUACUCACAUAAAACCAAUUAAAGGGACUGGAGUGUACUGGAACACAUCCCUUAAAAACGGCAACGUUGAUAUGCGUAUGUUGCAUGGUGCCUGUCCUAUUGUCCUCGGCCACAAGUGGAUAGCCACCAAAUGGACCCAUCUAAACGAAAACUUUCUCAAAAGGCCUUGUGAUCUUAACCCCAACAAGUAGAAUUGAUAUUUACGUGUGUAUGUUUUAUAUGUUUUACAUGCAUUAUUUACUAAAUAUGCAAAUUUUAACUGAUAAUGAAGCAACAAAAUUCUCAAGCAUGAUUGUAUUUUUGAUUGUUAAAUCCAACUCUUAUUUGUUGAAAUGUACCAUGACUGAUAAACCUAUCGAAUAAAACCGCUUGACGAAAACAGCGAAUUAAGCCAAGGAAA